UCACGCCGUUGAAACCUUCAGCUGUCAGACUUUGGCCACCCUAAAAGUGCAGGUUUUGUUAGCAAACUAACUCGAACUGUUCAACCAGCGGCGACUUCGUUCAAAGUUGUGCAUUCAUCGGCCUUUCGAUCGUCGUACGCUCGAGCGGUCGAUUGAGGCGCAAAGAUUUGCACCAAAACGAACCGCUCAGUUUUAAUCGCUGCUAGUUUUUGCACAAGCCAGCGAUCCUGUAGCGGGUGUAAGGCUCGAUGCAGGGAGGGAGGGAGUAAAAAAAGGCAAAAGUCUUUGUGCUUCCCUUCCCCCUCAUCAAAGCAAAGGGGAAAUGUCUCUGUCUAAAGGAGGGAAGAAGAAGCCAGGGCUGAAGCUGUCCAAAGAAGUCUUUGCACAGCCCGUACCAGCAGCGGCAGCGCCCCCUCGAGAUCUCGACUCAAAAGCUGAUGUCAAAAUUGGAGGUCAGAACUUUGUGGUGAAGGCCGAUGACUUGGAGCAGAUCGAAGAGCUGGGCCGGGGGGCGUACGGCGUCGUGGACAAGAUGAGGCACGUGCCCAGUGGUGUCAUCAUGGCGGUCAAGAGGAUUCGAGCCACGGUGAACACUCUGGAGCAGAAGAGGCUUCUGAUGGACUUGGACAUUUCCAUGAGGACAGUGGACUGCUUCUUCACGGUGACCUUCUAUGGCGCCCUCUUCAGAGAGGGAGAUGUUUGGAUCUGCAUGGAGCUGAUGGACACGUCUCUGGAUAAGUUCUACAAAAAGGUUAACGAGAAAGGCAGAAACAUCCCCGAGGACAUCUUGGGCAAGAUCACAGUAGCCGUUGUCAAGGCAUUAGAGCAUCUGCACAGCAACCUGUCAGUGAUACACAGAGAUGUGAAGCCCUCCAAUGUUCUGAUCAACACUCAGGGCCAAGUGAAAAUGUGUGACUUUGGCAUCAGUGGCCACCUGGUGGACUCUGUGGCUAAAACAAUGGAUGCAGGAUGCAAACCCUACAUGGCGCCCGAGCGGAUCAACCCUGACCUCAACCAGAAAGGCUACAGUGUCAAGUCAGACAUAUGGAGUCUCGGUAUCACCAUGAUCGAGCUGGCCAUUUUGAAGUUCCCCUACGACUCGUGGGGGACCCCGUUCCAGCAGCUCAAGCAGGUGGUGGACGAGCCGUCUCCGCAGUUGCCCGCCGACCGCUUCUCCGCCGAGUUUGUAGACUUCAUCUCCCAGUGCUUAAGAAAGAAGCCAAAUGAGAGACCCGCUUAUACAGAACUAAUGCAACAUCCCUUUCUCACCAUGCACGACUCCAAAGACACCGACGUGGCCAGUUUUGUCAAGGUCAUCCUGGAUGACUGAUGGGCUUCCCCUGCAGGCCUCAGCCCAUCAGGUCAGGCAGGGACGUCUCUGCAAACAAACCAAUGACCUACUUUUUUUUUUUUUUUUUUUUAAUUUGUUUUUUU